GUUCCUUCCUCGCUCCGCCUUUUCCUCUCGGAGACCCAAUCGGAGCGCCCUUUGCUCCGCCCGGGCGGCCAAUCGCGAGCGAGAGAACGCCGAAAGCCGUUGGGCGCGUGAGGCGGCGUUGCCAGGAGAAGUGGGCGUGGCGCUUUGGCUCGGCUCCGCGCGCUGGGGUGUGAGUGUGUGAGGAGGCGGAGGAGGCAAGAUGGCGGAGGAGGAGAAGCUCCCCGCGGGCUGGGAGAAGCGCAUGAGCCGCAGCUCCGGGCGUGUCUAUUAUUUCAACCACAUUACCAAUGCCAGCCAGUGGGAACGCCCCACUGGGAACAGCAAGAACGGGCAAGGGGAGCCCACGAAGGUGCGAUGCUCACACCUCUUGGUGAAACACAACCAGUCUAGGAGGCCCUCAUCGUGGAGGGAGGAGAAGAUCACCCGGACCAAGGAGGAGGCCCUGGAGCUCAUUAAUGGCUACAUCCAGAAGAUCAAAUCCGGGGAGGACUUCGAAACCCUCGCAUCGCAGUUCAGUGACUGCAGCUCGGCUAAGGCAGGAGGAGACCUGGGUGCUUUCGGAAGGGGUCAAAUGCAAAAGCCUUUUGAAGAUGCCUCGUUUGCGCUGAGGACCGGGGAGAUGAGUGGACCAGUAUUCACGGAUUCAGGGAUCCAUAUCAUCCUGCGUACGGAGUGAACAGUGCCUUGGCGACACGCUAGAAAAGGAAAGGGUGGUGGGAAAAAAACCGCAGGAACAAGAGAACCUCGAUUCCAUCCCUCUACACCCUCUCUAUCCCCCAACAAACUCCAUAUCUAUCUUCCGUUUUACUGUUAUCUCUCCCUCCCCUGCCCCAGUAUCUCAGUUCCUUCCUUGGCACCUCAACACAGUGUUUUUCCCCCCACCCGUAGAGAUGCAUGGUUAGCUGAGGCCGAAAAACCACAAUCGAAACAAAGAGUCGGUAGCAUCUUUCAUAGGCUUGGUGAGGGAGGAUGUUUUUAAGGAAAAAUAAAUAAAUCCAAAGCCGCUUGAGUUUGAUCUUGACGAUUCCUCCCCCGUUCAGGAGACGUGUCCGCUACGGGGUUCAUACUUCAAUGCUUUUGCUCCACGUCCAACUUAAAAUAGUUAUUUAUUAUGGGGGCUCCACCGAUAGUGGCGAAACUUAGCUCUCGAGGUUUUAGACAGAAUGAAAACCACCCUCCCUCCAGUGUCCCUCUCUGUUUUUUUUUAAAGAGUAAUAAAGCCACCCCACCCCCAAAAAAACCCACCUCCAGUUCCCAGGAUUCAACCUCAAGACACUUUUCCAACUGGCUGAUCAUUGAUACAUUGCUCUUGGGUACUUUAACAAGAGCAGUUCUUCUGCAGCCGUAGCCUGGCAGAUUCCCUUCCAAACAAGUAACCCGAAAAUUUCCCUGCACCUUGCCGAAGCCGUGACCCCAUAUGUAGGGAAUCUGAUGCCCAUGAGGGGUUUCCCAUUUGCUUCUGUGCAGGAGAGGGAUACUUGGGGGGGGGGGAGGUUGCUCCCCUCCAUCCAGCAGGGAAGGCGGCUUGUGCAGGAAUUCAGUGUGUACACAAGACGGUGUCCAAACUGAAUUACUUUUCCCACCUGUCAAGUGUCGGCUCCUCGUCAGUUUUCCCAUCGGCUCAGAACCCGUCAAUGCCUUUUUUUAGGACGAGCAAAAGAGGUAACCAUCAGUAUCCUUUUCUCCCUGCAGGUACCUCCCCUCUUCCCCACCCCCCCAAGGGUAAAAAGAAAAUUUACCCCUGUAAAAUUACCGUAGGAUGAAUUGUGCAUUUAACCAUUCCUGUGUGUGGUUCUUGUUGUUAAAGCGCUGUCCCAAGGGGACGGUGGUUAGCUGUAGGUUUGGUUUUUUUGUUUUUUUUUUCAGAGAGGCAGGUCACGAUCCAUGUGUGGUUUGGAAAAAAAAAAGAUAAAGCAUUGUAAAGUCACUGUGUGUUUUUUUUCUUCCCAGUUACGCUGCAUUGCUUUCUGUUUACUAAAAUCAAUAAGACUCCCACUGAAUUCUUCACUAUGACCUGCAAACGAGCUUUGUGUAUAUAUAUGUAUAGAGAGAGUGUUCCAGUUCUCUUAUGCAAGAAAAAUAAAAAAGAACUCCUCGCCAAUUAAAGAUCA